AUGUCCACCUCCCAUCAUUCACUCGAUUUGCAGCAAACUCGCCUGCCGCUACGUCCUGCCGUCCCGGAACCAGUCCCGCGUCGCCUAACCUUUCUCGAUCUCCCUUACGAGCUUCGCCUAGACAUCUACGAGCUACUCCUCCUCUCCGCAGAGCCCGUCAUAGUCUCCAGCAGCCGCCGCCAGCUUCGCGUCAAGGUUGAGCCGCCGGAGCAUCAGAACGCAUAUCUGCGUGCCCCGCGUCCGACGCCCCGUACAGUGACCCUCAAUCACAGGAAGCCCCAUGUGGCCCUCCUGCAGACAUGCCGCCAGAUCAACCGCGAAGCCACACCGCUUCUCUACCGCAAGAAUGACUUCAUCGUGGGUUUGAAGGUUUGUGCGAGUGGGGAGGCCAGAGUUCAUCCAGAAGACCUGGCCUCGUUUUUUCCCUCCCUCCUCCGCCCUUCCACCAUCCUCCACCUGCCGUCCAUCACCUUCCGCGGUGCCUGUCUCUGCCAUCACUGGCUCACUCUCGCGGCCGGCGAAGGUCGCACCAUCAACGGCGCAGAGCUGGGCCGUGUAUGCGGACACGCCGACGGCGACGUUGCACCAAGUAUCCAGAACGCCCAGGCGGCGUAUCUGAUGCUCAGUGAAGGCCUUUGGGAGAUGGAGAAAGGUCGGCAGCCCCUUAUCCUCCUUUACGAACAUGUGCUAAAGUCUCGUAGACUAUGGAAGAUUUAG